AUGGCAGACCAGGCUGCACCACCACCUCCCACGGGAUCCGGCUCCCCAUCGUCUCUGGCUGCCUCUCUGGGUAUUGAAGAUCCCCGCAUUGAAAUAAUGGCAGACUACUUGUUGAGGCACUACAGGCUGAAACCGGAUAGAUGGGUCAAAUUUUAUAACAACCAGGACAACAAGGUUGCAUGCAUUGUUUGUCUUUCUCCUGUGUCUAUUGUAGAACGUGUUGCUACCAAUGAAGCAAAUACAUCAAAGUGGCCCAAGGCAACAACUGAAGACAUACGCCAUCAUAUUCACACGUUAAAAAAUAUUGUGGAUGUGACAGCAUCUAAGGCUAAAGGACAUACACUUCUGCGAAUUCCAAAUGAAUUUGACGACUUUGAAUAUCCACUUGGAUCUUCAGAAAGGGUUGACAGACGAUUGCUUCAUGAAAUUGAAUCAUUGAUAGUAAUGUGGAGCAAUGAGAUACAGGAAGUGCUGAAAUAUCGAUGUGCCGACCCCAUUCUAGAGGGCAAGAACCCCAGUCCAGCUACUGAGAUUAAAUACUGGCAAAUGAGGGCCAAAGACUUUGAUCAACUGUACCAACAGCUGAAUAAUCCAAGGGUGAAAAUGAUGGCUUACUACUUGAAGAAUGGAAGGAGUGUGUAUUAUCAAGCCUUCAAAGAUCUGUACAGCAGUGUUGUUGGUG